GUACCAGCAGCAGUCUACCUCACAAUCCACAUCCACCUCCUUGUUUGGUCUGUCAGACAGCGCCGACAGGGAGGUGAUGACAGCCCUGUCUCGACAGUCCAGCACCAGCUCUUUUGAUCAGAAUUCCCGAGGAGCAGCCUACACCCCUUCCGUUUAUUCAGACGAGGAGGACACCGACUCCGACGACUCCAGCACUGUGGACAUGGGAUGA